UGAAAGUGCAGGUAGAAUUGUGUUCUAAGUGAGCUAGUGGGCAAAGAGGACGAUCGGUCUUCUUGUUGCUCACGGCGAUAAAUAAGACGGUGGUCGAAAUAACCCUCCGUGUAUCCGCGCUUCGAUUUCCCUCCGCUUUGACGGCUCAGUCUUUCAUCGCUCUAGGAAUUCUUUGAUAUCGCUAGACCCUCGAAUCGACGCAAGAUGGAGCUGAAGGCUGGAUUGUCCGCCAUCGUCACCGGUGGUGCCUCCGGAAUUGGUAAAGCACUUUGCUUAGCUCUUGCACAAAAGGGAAUCUUUGUAACUGUUGCUGACCUUUCUGAAAAAGGAAAAGAAGUGGCUUUUCUGAUUGAGAAGGAGAAUGCAAAACUUCCUUCAGAACUUCAAGUCCCAUCUGCAAUAUUUGUUAAGUGUGAUGUUACAAAUGCAAAUGACCUAGCUGCUGCUUUCAAGAAGCAUUUGGAGGUAUAUGGAGGAUUGGAUAUCUGUAUCAACAAUGCUGGCAUAGCUACUCCUUUAGUAUUCCAUAAAGAUACAACAGAUGGAAGUGGUACAUGGAAGCGCACUAUCAAUGUGAACUUGACUGCUGUUGUUGACUGCACCCGCAUUGCAAUAGAAAUAAUGAGGUCAAGAAAGAUGCCUGGUGUUAUAAUAAACAUGGGCUCAGCUUCGGGUCUUUAUCCUAUGUAUGCAGAUCCUAUAUAUUCCGGCACAAAAGGUGGUGUGGUUCUUUUCACUAGAGCCCUUGCUCCACUGAAACGUGAGGGAAUUCGAGUAAAUGUGCUUUGCCCUGAGUUUGUUCAAAGUGAGAUGGCAAUGAUGAUCAACCGCAAAGUAAUUGAUUCUGUUGGUGGCUUUUUGUCAAUGGAAGAAGUUGUUAAUGGGGCACUUGAGCUUAUUAAAGAUGAGAGCAAAGCUGGUGCUUGUCUAUGGAUCACAAAACGUAGAGGCAUGGAGUAUUGGCCAUCAAAAUCAGAGGAAAGAAAGUACUUAUUAAAUCAGUACAAAUCUCGAAGAUCACAAUAUACAACUUCUGACAUCAUUGUACCAGAUAAUUUUAAGAAAAUAAUUGUCCAUACUCUUGAUCACAAUUUUCGAUCUGCUACUAGAGUUGUCCAAACACAUUUGAAGUUGCCUAUAAAACCAGAGAAUGCUCUUGUCAAAAUCAUUUUUGCUGGGGUGAAUGCCAGUGAUGUGAAUUUUAGCUCUGGACGAUAUUUUGGAGGAAACAAUAAUGAAACUACUGCACGCCUCCCAUUUGAUGCUGGUUUUGAGGCAGUUGGCAUAAUUGCUGCUGUUGGUGAUUCAGUCCACCGGAAAGUGGGCACUCCUGUGGCAUUCAUGACCUUUGGAGGCUAUGCUGAAUUCUCAGUGAUACCUGCAAAACAUUUACUUCCUGUGCCAAGACCAGAUGCUGAAGUUGUUGCCAUGCUAACAUCAGGUUUAACUGCCUCAAUUGCUUUAGAAAAGGCUGGACAAAUGGAAUAUGGAAAGGCUGUGCUAGUCACAGCGGCAGCUGGAGGAACAGGACAGUUUGCAGUUCAGUUGGCAAAACUGGCUGGCAAUAAAGUGGUUGCAACAUGUGGAGGUGCAGAGAAAGCUUCGCUAUUGAGGUCACUGGGAGCUGAUCGUGUUAUUGAUUAUAAGAAGGAGAACAUAAAGGAUGUACUUAAGAAGGAAUACCCUAAAGGCAUUGAUAUAAUCUAUGAAUCUGUUGGUGGAGAAAUGUUCAACAUAUGUCUAAAUGCUUUAGCAGUUUAUGGGAGAUUUAUUGUCAUUGGAAUGAUCUCGCAGUACCAAGGGAAUAAUGGGUGGCAACCUUUGAAGUAUCCUGGACUUUGUGAGAAACUACUUGCCAAAAGUCAAACUGUGGCUGGUUUUUUUCUGAUUCAUUAUGCUCACUUGUGGCAAGAACACCUGGACAAGCUUUUUGAUCUAUACUCUACAGGAAAGCUUAAGGUUGCUGUUGAUCCUAAAAGAUUCAACGGUCUUGACUCUGUAGCAGAUGCAGUCGAACAUUUACAUUCUGGCAAAAGCUUUGGCAAGGUGGUUGUGUGUGUUGAUCCUCAAUUUUCCAAGACGAUGGCAAAAUUAUAAGUCAAGAUUUUUACUUCUCGGGGGGAAGAAAAAUACUUCAUUUAUCAUACAAAUAAAAGUACAAUGUAGGAAUACUAGUGAUCAACUACGUAAUUCGAAGAUCAUUAUUUGAAGAAAAUUGUUAUCGUAAUGUAUCUUUUUUUUUUUAUUUUACAUCUCAAGUGGGAUGACUAUUUUGUCUAUUGAUUAAUAAAUUAAAAUGGUGAUUUUUGCUCUUUGAAUUA